CCCGUCCAAAUCCCUUCCCAGCGACCCUCCCCAUUUUUGCAGAAGCCUUCGCACGUUCGACCACCACGCCAAUCGCUCGACUCGCUCGACGUCACGUUGGUCGCCGACACAUUUUGGAGGAAUGCAGUCAUGGCGCAGCAGAGGUGGUCACUGCCUCUUUUGCACCUUCCAGUGGGUGUCGCCUCCCGUGAGGCGGACCUUUGCGACAUCUCCGGUGCUGCAGAGGAAAUCGACCAGGAAAGCUGAGAAUAAAUCCGAUGGCAGUGCUCCGGUCAAGCGGUCCUCGCCCGCGCCGUACUCGUCCAAAAGGAACACCCGGCAAACGCUCGCAGCAAAAGAUUUCACCGCUGUCGUCUCUCACGCCUUGGAUAUCUACAAGCAGACGUUGUCGGAUCAGCAUGAUCCCGCAUUGGCCAGUUGGCCCCGGUUCGAGCGGACGAUGCUGAAUGCCUGCAAGAUGGAUGAGCGCGCGAAAGGCGUGGGUCCGUUACGCCACGUCAAGGAUACGCUGCUCAAGGCCUACCUUCGGAACGGACUCCGGGGCCUCGCAAAUGAACUGGAGUAUCACAUGUACGCGGAGGAUAUCACCACCAAAUACGCGGCGCCGAAUCUCGAACAACAGAAGAAAGUGGCGGAUUUGCGACGGCCAGCAGAGUGGUACCCCCAAGCACGCGCGGUGCAGCGAACCAUCCAUUUGCACGUUGGACCGACAAAUUCAGGCAAGACAUACCAUGCACUGAAGCGGUUGGAAAAGUCCAAUCGUGGCUUCUACGCUGGGCCGUUGCGAUUACUGGCACAGGAGGUUUUCCACCGGUUCCAGGCGAAUGGGACCUCCUGUAGUCUCAUCACCGGGGACGAUGUCAAGCUUCCGGAGGAUGGGAAGCCCUCGAAAAUUGUGAGCAAUACCGUCGAGAUGGUUAGCUUGGGAGACCAGUACGAGGUGGGUGUCAUCGAUGAGAUCCAGAUGAUCGCGGACCCUCAUCGAGGGUGGGCUUGGACUCGUGCGGUGCUCGGGGCGCGGGCCACGGAACUUCAUCUUUGCGGUGAGGCGAGGGCGGUACCCUUGAUCAAGGAGCUGGCUGCUCUGACGGGCGACAAACUCGAGAUCCACCGCUACGAACGUCUGAACCCAUUGAAGGUUCAGAAUCAAAGUCUCAAGGGUGAUCUGAGGAAUCUCCAGAAGGGAGACUGUCUGGUGGCAUUCUCUCGCGUUGGUAUCCAUGCGUUGAAGGCCGACAUCGAAAAGACCACCGGCAAGCGAGCGGCCAUCGUUUACGGCAGUCUGCCGGCUGAGAUCCGGACCCAACAAGCCCGUCUGUUCAACGACCCUGACAACGACUACGACUUCCUCGUUGCCAGUGACGCCAUUGGAAUGGGUCUGAAUUUGAGCUGCAAGCGUGUCAUAUUCGAAACGGUGAUCAAGCGAGUCCCGGGCGGGCUCCAGAGACUCAGCGUACCCGAGGUCAAGCAGAUUGGGGGACGGGCUGGACGAUAUCGAUCUGCCAUGCAGCAGGAGGCCGAUGGCUCGGGUGACGAAAACAUCGGCUGGGUGACUUCCUUGGAAGAUAUCGAUCUUCCCUAUAUCCGCGAAGCAAUGGAGUCUGAACCCCCUCCGCUCGUGUCGGCCGGUAUCAUCCCUCCGGACUCGGUCUACCAGAAGAUUGCGGCAUACUUCCCGGACAAUAUUCCACUGGAAUAUCUGAUCAAGCGGUUGAUGGUGGUCUCGCAGGUUCACCCCCUGUUUUUCUUGUGUGAUCCCCGGAACCAGCUGGAGAAUGCCGAGGUCAUUGAUUCCGUUGACGGAUUGCGGAUGGCAGACCAGCUCACAUUCAUGGCCUCACCCAUGCACACCAGGCUCAUCGCGGGGCGCGACGCUGCCGUUGCCUUCAUCCAAUGCGUCGCCGACCAUUCUGACGGUCGCUUGUUAGAUAUCGAUGCACUCAAUCUCGAGAUUCUCGAAGAGCCUGUGUCCGGUAACAAAGAAUAUCUCAACGAAUUGGAAACCCUGCAUAAGUCGGUCAUCUUGUAUCUGUGGCUCAGUUACCGGUGUGGUGGAAUUUUCACGGAUAGAACGUUGGCUUCCCAUGUCAAGCAGCUCGUGGAGGAGCGGAUGGUUAGGGCAUUGACCGAAUUCUCUGCCAACAAGAAGCUCCGAAAGGAUGCCUCUCUCCGACGACAGAUUGCGCUGCAGAAGCAACUGCAGGAGGAGAAACAACUGCUUGCCGACGCAGACGUUGACUCAUAUGGCACCGAAGAUGAGAAUGCGGCCGUCGAUCUUUCCGCUGAGGAGGAAUUGGAGGAGCAAGUGGGAGAGCAAGUGGAAGAGCAAGUGGAAAAAGCAGCUCCCGAAGCACGAGCUGCUUAGAUAUUUUCUCUUCGUUCGACUCACCUCUUCGCGACUCCUAUCUCUGUCUCGCCUUCUCAAUCACUAAUUCCGCCCGUCUUCUCGUGUUCUCUGCCUCCCUUCGAAGAAACGAGCUGGAUUACAGUUGCCAG